UUAUACCACAGAACCCACGUACGUAACAUAGCUUAAACUAGUAGUUCUGAAAUUUUGCAUGAUGGAGCAACACAAUCCAACACAUGUGGUUCUUGUUUCAAGCCCAGGUUUGGGGCAUAUCAUUCCAAUGAUUGAGCUGGCGAAGCGCUUCGUCCUUCAACACAACUUCAAAGCCACCGUCCUCGCCGUCACUUCCCAAACCUCAACCGCCGAAAAGCAGAUUCUGAACUCAGCCCUCACACCCUCCCUCUGCCACGUCAUCGAAAUCCCUUCCCCUGACAUCACCGACCUAGUCCAACCAAACGACGCCGUUCUCACUCACCUCUCCGUCAUAAUGCGCCAAGCCAAACCCGCCGUCAAAUCCAUCCUUUCCAAAGCUACCCCUCGCCCUUCGGCACUCAUCGUCGACCCCUUCUGCCACGAGUCCAUACCCCUAGCUAGAGAACUCAACAUUCUCAGCCACGUCUACUUGGCGUCACACGCUUGGGCGCUAGCGUUGAUCGUGUAUUCCCCGGUGUUGGAUCAGCAAAUAGAAGGACAAUACGUUGACCAAAAAGAACCGCUGAAAAUCCCGGGUUGCAACCCGGUCCGACCGGAGGACGUGUUCGACCCCAUGCUGGACCGGAAUGAUAGCCAAUACCAAGAGUAUCUCAAACUAGCGAAGGGAAUCCUCCAAAGCGACGGCGUUUUGGUUAACACGUGGGAGGAGCUUCAACAUGAAACGCUGGAAGCGUUCAGGGAGGGGGGUUUGUUGAGCGAAGCGCUCAGCAUGAAGAUUCCGGUCUACGCCGUUGGACCUCUCGUGAGAGAACCCGAGUCGGACACGAGUUCCGUGACUCAGUCGCUGCUGACGUGGCUCGAUGAACAACCCAGCGAGUCCGUGGUUUACGUCUCGUUUGGCAGCGGGGGAAUGCUGUCGUGUGAGCAGAUGAGGGAGCUGGCGUGGGGGUUGGAGUUGAGUGAGAGGAGAUUUGUUUGGGUGGUGCGCGCGCCCACGGAAAACGCUGCGGACGCGGCGUUUUUCACCACCGGGAGCGACGCGGGCGAUGAGGUGGCCAAGUACUUGCCGGAAGGGUUUCUAUCCCGGACACGCGGGUUGGGCCUGUUGGUGCCGGGCUGGGCCCAGCAGAUGAGUAUACUGAGGCAUGGUUCGGUUGGGGGGUUUGUGUCGCACUGUGGCUGGGGUUCGACGCUCGAGAGCUUGACGAACGGUGUUCCGUUGGUGGCGUGGCCGCUGUACGCGGAGCAGAGGAUGAACGCCACGCUGCUGGCGGAGGAGUUGGGCCUGGCGGUGCGGCCCAAGGUGUUGCCCACUAAGAAGGUGGUGGGGAGGGAGGAGAUAGCGCGUAUGGUGAGAGAGGUUAUUCCCGAUGACCAAAGUUUGACGAGCAAUAGUGUGAGAGAGAGAGUGAAGGAGAUGCAACAGAGCGCACUGAAUGCUUUGUCUGAGGGUGGUUCGUCCUAUGUUGAACUAUCUGCAGUGGCCAAAUCAAUUGAAGGGUAAAAGAUGUUGUCGGUUUUAGCCUUUUAGGGUUCCAUACAAUUUCAAUUGUCUGAUGGUAUCUAGUAGAUCAUCACCCUCAUUUCUGUAUCUUUCUUUUUAUCAGUUCGGAAAAAGAAAAGGAAAAAGAAAUCUUUCUUUCUAUCC